GAACAAACAUUACUCUCGCUUGGCGUCCGUUUUGCUCCCCUUGAUGUCGUUUCUUCAAGACGUCCGUGCCUCCGCGCUGCCUCUCAUUCAUCCGGCGGAGGAGAGGAGCCCGCGUCCGAGGAUACAAUGAAGCAGUGUGUCCUUGUCCGAGACAAUGCAGCAAGAUGCUACGAAGGGCUACGACACUGUUUCUCACGAGAUCAGGGACGUUUUUUUGUUCGAUUGCAGAGAGAGACCAGCUAAAGAAUGAAGCUUUAGCCUCUGCAUGACAAGCUAUGACCAACAUUAGACCCUAGACCUCCAAUUACAAAGCCAGGACUCGAGAAUGAAGACCAAAUAUGCAAUUGUCUUCAUCUGCAUCGUGGCCCUGGUCAUCAUCGAAAAGGAAAGCAACAUCCUGUCAAGGGUCUCCGAUAAGCUGAUCCAGAGGCAGACUCCGCAGCAGACGCCACAGACUCCACUGGAUUACAGCAACACAACACAAAAUGGCUCCUUGACGGUGCUCAAAAUGCUGCUCUCUAAACUCACUGGUACAAAAGGGAAUUACUCAAAUCUCUCUGAGGAGCAAGUGGAGGAAGAUCUAGAUGAUUUAGGCCUGUACAACUACAGCGGUGGCCGUAAGCACAUAUUACUCUUGGCCACCACACGGACAGGUUCUUCGUUUGUGGGUGAAUUUUUCAACCAGCACGGGGAGAACAUGUUCUACCUAUUUGAACCUUUAUGGCACGUCGAGCGCAUGCUGACCAUGGCCACAGAGGCAAACAACGGGACAGUGUUGGCAGGAAUCUACCGGGAUGUACUCCAAGGGCUUUUCCUGUGUGAUUUCUCUCCUCUUGAGAAGUUCAUCUCUCCCCCACCUCAGGACCACGUAACCCCAGCUCUUUUCCGUAGAGAGUCUAGUUUAUCGCUCUGUGAAGAACCUGUCUGCUCUCCUGUAAUCAAAGAUGUCUUUGAGAGAUAUCACUGUAAGACUCGUCGCUGUGGGCCACUGAACUUGACCCUCGCAUCUGAAUCCUGCCUUUCCAAGCAACACCAUGCCAUUAAAACUGUCCGUGUACGCCAGCUGGAAACAUUGCAGCCUUUGGUGGAGGAUCCUCGCUUGGAUGUGAGGGUGAUCCAGUUAGUCCGAGAUCCACGGGCCAUCUUAGCAUCCCGCAUGGUGGCUUUCUCUUCGAAGUACCAGACGUGGAAGGCCUGGGCGCAGGACGGCCAGGUGCCUGAAGAUGACGAGGAGGUGAAAAGGCUCAAAGGGAACUGUGACCAAAUAAGGAUGUCUGCAGAGGUGGGACUGAGCAGACCUCGCUGGCUGAGGAACCGCUACAUGUUGGUGCGUUAUGAGGAUAUUGCCCGCUACCCCAUGCAGAAGGCAGAGGAGAUGUACAGGUUCACAGGGAUACCGUUUAGUCCCCAAGCUAGGGAGUGGAUUCUGAGGAACACCCAGACCACACAGGAAGCUAGCGGGAUUUAUUCCACCCAGAAGAACUCAUCAGAGCAGGCAGAGAAGUGGAGAUUUAGCAUUCCCUUUACACUGGCUCAGGUAGUGCAGAGAGUGUGUGGACCCACCAUGAAGCUGUUUGGGUACAGAUUUGUGGAUGAUGAAAAGGCACUGAUCAAUAAAUCCAUCAGUUUGCUUGAGGAGCAUCCAUUUCAUUAAUUUAGAGGGCAGAAAUGUAGCUGUGAAUCUGCAAAACCCUGCACACAGUGGAUCGGAGCCAGGAGAAGCCAUUAUUGCACAGACCAAAAGUAAUACACAAAGGUGCCAAAAGACACAAAAUAUUUUACUGGUGACAGUAAGAUUUGGGCCAUAUAAUAUUAUUCAUACUCACCAACGAUGUGCCUCAUUGUAACAAUGAAGAGCCACUUGAUAAAGAGAACUAUUUAUUUGCAUACUGUGUUUACUGAGAAGCCUGGUAUCUAAGCUUUAUGUCUGUAUUUCAUUUAAAAUGAAAUAAGCAUAGAUGUCAAGCCUGACUUGUAAGAGAUUAUUAUGUAAGAUUUUAUUGAUAGUUGCUAAUGUUUAGAUUUUCAGGGAUAAACUACAGUGAAAGUGAAAGUGGUAUGUGUUUUGUUUGUGUGUGUGUUUGUGCCUGAAAGAGAGGAUGAUCAUAGGGUUUAUAAUGCUAGCGCUUAAUUCUGCAUAGUUCAGCUUGUAGUUUUAUAGAUCUGCACUAGACUAGACAGUUGAUAGAAUCACUUUAAAUUAGACCUGAUGUGCUUUUUUUAGGGCUUACCAUAGCCGACCCAGGUAUAAUG